GGACAGAGGGGCAGGAUGCUCCAGAGAGGGAAUUUCAUGGGGUGAGAUGGAUGAUUGACAGCAGCACCACUGGGGAGAGUGAGAGAGGGAGGAACAGCGCAGAUUCCAGGGUCUGGGAGUCCGAGAUGGGAAGUGCGAGAAGGAGGGAGACUGCCUCGUACUGAGGAACAGAAUGAUUUUCUCCUCUUCCUCUUGAACUCUAAAACUUUAAACACCAAGACCACUGUGGAUUUAUGCUUUUACAGAUCAUUGUGGUCCAGACUUUGAAGUAAAAGCAGCUGUGGAGCUCUAGGGGGGUGGUCUAUACAGAGUUCAUUAAUAAGGUGCUUAACUGGACAUGAGUGGGAUGGCAUCAGAUCACAACAAUUCCUCCCAGGAAGAAUACAUCCCACACUAUCUCCAAAAGGAAGACCCCUUUGCAUCAAAGCUUUCUAGAGAAGCUGAUAUCAUAGCUGGCUUUUAUUUGACAAUAAUUGGGAUCCUUUCAACUCUGGGAAAUGGGUAUGUUAUUUUUAUGUGCUCAAAGCGAAAAAAGAAGCUGAGACCUGCUGAGAUAAUGACUGUUAAUUUAGCAGUGUGUGAUCUGGGCAUUUCAGUUGUAGGUAAACCCUUCAGCAUCAUCUCCUUCUUUUGCCACCGCUGGAUGUUUGGAUGGCUAGGCUGCCGCUGGUAUGGAUGGGCUGGUUUCUUCUUUGGCUGUGGGAGCCUUAUCACUAUGACAGCUGUCAGCCUGGACAGGUACCUGAAGAUCUGCCACUUGUCCUAUGGUACCUGGCUUAAGAGACAUCAUGCAUUUAUCUGCCUGGCAAUAAUCUGGGCCUAUGCUAUGUUCUGGGCUACAGUGCCUUUUGCUGGGGUGGGGAGCUACGCCCCCGAACCCUUUGGGACCUCCUGCACUCUGGACUGGUGGCUGGCGCAGGCUUCGGUGGCUGGACAGGCUUUUGUUCUGAGCAUCCUUUUCUUCUGCCUCCUGUUCCCAACUGCAGUGAUUGUGUUUUCCUAUGUCAAAAUAAUUUUAAAAGUCAAAUCAUCCACCAAAGAAGUCGCUCACUACGAUACCAGGAUUCAGAACAGCCACAUACUUGAGAUGAAGCUGACCAAGGUGGCAAUGUUGAUCUGUGCAGGGUUCCUCAUUGCCUGGAUCCCUUACGCCGUAGUCUCGGUCUGGUCAGCCUUUGGACAGCCAGAUUCAGUCCCCAUCCAGUUCUCAGUGAUACCAACACUGCUCGCAAAGUCAGCAGCCAUGUACAACCCCAUCAUUUACCAGGUCAUUGAUUGCAAGUUUUCUUGCUGCCAGUCAGGAGGGCUGAAGGCCAAGAGCUCUUUGAAGAAAUCAAGGACAUACACCAUAUCUGCACACAGGGACUCGGCAGUGAUGAACGAAACCCAGCUGGAAGCAUGAGGGCUCAUCUCACACACAGCAAAUGAAAACAUGAUGGAAACAACACUACUGGCUCAAGUUCCUCAUUCUGUAAAUGAAUUAAAACAUGGUGACAGGUUUAUUUUACUCACUAUUCCUAUGUACAAUGCACAGUUCUUUCCAUCCUGACCAAAAUAUUGUGUUAGAGUUGGGCAAAUAUUUUAAGUACUCAGAGGAAGGAGAAACAGAGAAAAUUUAGUUUUAUUUAAAAUUUUCCUUCACUUCAGAUGCUUUACAAUGCCCUUUUUUUUUGCUCUUCUUAGCACUAACAGAAAUGAUAGUUUGGAUGAUAUUUCCCCUCAGGGGAAGGAAAGUAUUCAUAAAGGCCAGUUUUAGUUUACCAAAGCUAAUCUCCCUAAAUUCCUGCUGCAGUCACUGGAGACCUGGAGCACAAGAGAAAGGAUUCCUUAGAGGACAAAUCUGAGUUGGAGCUUCACUUAUCAGGGCUCUGAAUUACACAGUGGGGAAACAUUAGCUGACUGGAUUUCUCUGGUGAGCAUCUCUCCAAAUCACGAGGCUGUCUUGAACCAACUUUGACUUCAGUCCUUCAAUAUUCAGAAACAUUUUGAUUUUAGUGACAGCAAAGUCAGAGGUAUCACACAUACACAGGACCACUUUACAAGAUAUAGAAUAACAAUUCCUUACUCAAUUGUGAAUGAGAGGGGAAAGGUCUCUUGCUCAAACUGUAGCUUCAUUUAGGAGUUAUGAACAACUUUUUAAUAAAAAAGCAGAACUGAAAUGAAGUCAGCCCAAGCCAAACUGAGGAAACUAAUAUUUCACACAUUUUUAUCAUUCUCUGGCCAAAAUUACAGUGAAAUAUGAUGGCAACAAGCAGAAAGAUUUGCCUUCUUGAUUGAUAACUGAAUUUUUCAUCUUGUAUUUUACUCAUCACAAUUUUUUAUGAGAUCACUUCACGAGAUAUAAAAUGGCGGAACCUUCCUCAAUCCAAACCAUGAAACUAGAUUCAAACCAGUGUAUUUGUGAGAAGGGUCACAGCCCUGCUGACAGAGGAGUCUUUCCAAAGUGCAGCUGCAGAGUAGUUUUUAAACACUAAGUCCUGGAAAGAUGAAGAUUAGUAACUAUUUAGGGGAAUGAAGUUUUGCAAGUUCCUAAUGCAUUCAAUAGAAAAAUAAUGUGCUUUGAAAUGACCUGCAGAGUAAGGCAGCCAAAACAGUUGUGUUGGGUAAGACCCAUAAUUAUUUCUAUUAUCUCCUUUUUCUUUUUUGGAUUUAUUAUAAGGUAGAGGCAUCACUAUAGAUCAAAAACUAGCAUUUCAGUAAAAGCAGAUUUUUGAUGCUUAAAGUAAUGAUUUUGAUUUUUCUGUGUCAUUUCUUCAAGAAGGAUGUGAUUUUAUUAAAAAUAAGUUAAUUGUAAGUCAAAGAGUCUCCCACACAGAUUUCUGCUGGCUGUUAAAAACAAAGUUACAAGGGCAAAGCUUUCUUCUGGGUUGUUCCUUUAAGGAAAGAAAGCAUUUAUGAAAAAGUUUCGAUUACUUUCCUGUUUAAUAUUUCCUGUUUAAUGUUAAUUUAUUCUAUUGUUAUUUCAGAAAUGUGUUUAACAUGCAUUUCCUGCCACACUGAACUGAACUUCUUUUGUAGCUGAUCUGUGUUGAUGUUAAUAUUGCUUUAUACAAUAAUAUCAUAAAGGUUUAAUCUGAUGUUUGUUGGCAUGUCCCAGCACUCCCAUUCUGCAGUUGCUAUUUUCUCAAAUGAUAUUCAGACCACGUAGCAGAAGUAGAAUGUUGUUGAAUUUCCUAAGCUGGGUAUUGCUUCCUUCUCUGCAAUGUUUUAACAAAAGAAUUUUGAAUAAAUACUAAGAGAACUUGCAGAGGUACGAAGAGUUGCCCUUUUACCUGUACAUUGUUUUGUGCUAAUUUUUCCCCAGAAGUUGAGUUCUUUCAUUUCUACAGACCUUUCAGCAUAAGACAAAUUUAUCUCUUAACUAUGGUUGCAAAUUGUGCCCACAAAUUGAUCCAGAGCAGAAGGCAUCUUGUACAGUAUUUGCAGACAUGGUUAUGAAGAUAUUAACAACUUUGCCUGCAUCUUCCUGCAGCUUUUAUUAUUUUCUUCAUCCAGGCAAACUUUUGUUUGUAUUUAUAGGUGUUUAUCAUAACUAAGGUGUGAUGUAAAUCAGACAUACAGUGGCCCUAUAAAUGAGAUUAGCUGAAGCAACACUGUUGGUAAAAUUGUAGGAAUUACACACCAGGCACCCAGAUUUAGGGGUAGAUCAACUCAUAGUUUGUGCAUGAACCCUUCCUCUAAUUUAAAUUGAGGAAGUUUUUCCCUUUAUUUUUUAAAAUUAUGUACUUUCCUCAGAACUGCUAUUGGGUCAUCCCAGGAGUGGAUACCCACUUGUGGUAGGGCUGAAUUUUAUAUUUUUAAAGAAUGAAAGACAUUUUUGAAUUCCACUAUAGCGAAUGUACUAGAUACACAUGCUACCUAAAGAGUUCAGAGGUUUAAUAAACUCUAAAUAUGAACUUCCAGAAUAAUGAUAAAUGUGUUUCAUAUGACUUAAAGAUAUUUAUUUUCAUAUUAUUUAAAUUUAUUUAUUUUUUAUUCAGUGCCACAGUUAUUUUUGUCUGAAAACUCAGUUUUGCCACGACUGAACAGUAUCUUGCACUAGAAGAAACUUUAGGACUCCAGCUUGUGCAGGAAUUAAAGACAAGUUUAUGCUGAGCAUGUGUUCCAGUGAAAGAUGUUCCCCUGAAUCAAGCAGGACAUGCACACUCCAGCAUGUGGUGCUUAAUUUAAAUGCAGAAUCUGAACCUAAGAGCAAAUGGAUCUCAUUGGAUUCAAUGACGAAAGAGAACUGGAGCACUCUCUUUGUUCACCUGUAUAUAAAGCAGCUCAUACAAUUUGUGCUCUCUUUGGGAUCACAGUGGUAGAGGAGUGAGUGGUCUUAUUAUGGAUUUGAAUUUUCAAGGUCAAUUUUGAAUUGAUUGGAAGGUUGUACCCAGAUGGUUCUAAAGAUAGCACUUUGCUACUGAUGCUCAGGACAGAGUUUCUUCCUCUCCCUGUGUUGAGGCUGAUAAUUGAUUAUUCCAUAAAACUGAGAUAUGUAACCUUGGUCUGAGAGCAUCAAAAGACAGUGAAUCUCUCACUUUGCUGUUCUAGAAAUCUAAAUGUUUUACAAAUUCCAAACUUAUACUAUUUUGUGAUCUGGGCUUUGUCAAAGCACCAGCAGUAUAAAACCUACUCAGUGUGAUGAAUGAGUAAGGAACGCGACUCUGAAGGAAGAUUUCUUUAUUGCGUUUUCAAUAUUUCAUCCUCCUUGUUAUAUUAAGAAAUUUCCUCUUUUUAUGUAUAAACAUUAAUGUUUUUCAAUGAAAAUAGUGCCAUCAAGAAUAAUAGCUAUAAAUGAGGAUCUUUUAUUAUGUAACCUUUGUGUGCAUUCAGACUGAGCUGCCAAGAAGCAAAAUUCUAUUUGAAUUCACUGUCCAUGACUUGAAGGAAGUAAUUGACAUAGGCUAAGACUCCACUUAGAUAAUGAGCUGACCUGGACAGUAAGAUUGAGAGUAAGAGAGUAAUGAGAGCAAUACUGUAUUUUGAAGUGAUAGUGAAAUUAUGCAAAGCAUGUGGAUAUGGAAAUUUUUUAUUUGUCAUUUUCAGUCAUAGAUGAAGAAUGACUAUAAACCUUCUUCUGCAGACUUGGAAAUAUGUUGACAAUGAAGAAAUAUCAAGAUUUAAAAUGCCUGAAGAGACUCUUGAAAUAGGAGAUUUAAACAAACUUUUAUGACAGAAGCUGAAAAAAUAAAGUACUAAAAAUGUAAGUUAUGGUUGUGAGAUUUUAGAAGAGAGUAGAGAGCAUUUGUCCAUGCAGGUGAAUACAGCUGUAGCAAAUUUUAUUUCUAGACCUGUAAUAAAAAUGAAAAGAACCCAACCCAGCAAGUGAUUUGUUAAAAAUAUUUAUCGCCCACAGCAAAAGACUGCUGAUAGCAGAAGAUUUUUGGCUUUGUGGCAUCAAAAGCAAAAGAGGAAAUUGAUGUGCCUUCAUACAAAGAGAGUGUGAUUAAUGAAUGACAGGCACAAUGAUAGUGAAUUGGAUUCCUUGGUGGAACUUUCCUCUUGGCACACAAUGUCUUUUGGAGGUUGUCCCACCUCCACUGUGCAGGGUGAUCCUGGUCAUGAGAAUAAAUCUGAAUAGCUGCUAAAUGACCAGGCACUUAUUUCUCCCAGAAUUCUACAUUAUUCAUUUUGUGUUUCUGUUUGUACCUCUUCUUCCCACCAGGGAACUUUCAGAUACAUCAAACUGCAUCCCUCAGGAGAGUUGCUUUGGCAUCUUUUUAGUCACAUUUCCCAGCUCAGGAUGUCCCCAGAUGAGUUUCUCCUGGGUAAGAAGCUCUUAAAAAAUGAUGUUCACCAUAACACCAAAUUCUCUUCUUCCCUCCUCCCAAGGAAGGUCUUGUUGGUUCCCUUCACAUCUGUAUUUUCCCAAGUUUCACAAGCCUUUGCAGCUCUCUGGCCCCAAGGAAGAACAUUUAACUGCCUGAACUAGAUUUUCUGGAGAGCUGCUGGCGAGCAUCUCCAAUAUUAUGUUCUUGAGCUCUUGUGCAUCCCACACCUUUUUCUUACCUACAUGCUUUGCUUUUCAGGAUGGCUCAUAUUCUCCUUCACUUGGAACACGGUGCACACGGUGAGGGCUGUUUUUGUAACUGCCUGGAAUGAUCUGCACUUCCCCAGUUAUGCCUGUUUCACUUUGUAGCUGGGGGAGUGGAUCUUGGACCUGUAAGCCAGAGCAAAACCUUUCGAAAUACAAGAUUUAGUUACAUAUUGUCAUGCUUUUGUUACUUCUGAACUUAAAGGGAGCUUCACCAGCCAUGAAUAACGAGCCUUUCCCAAUACUAACUGCAGUUUUGUGUGUCAGUUGGGUAGAAAAGAAAACCCAUCUGGUUUGUUAGAGAUCUGUUCUGAGAGACACAUUCACUAUCAAAUCAGGUGACUGCAAUGAAUGAAAGUUGCUGAUAAAGGUUUGGUAGGUUCCCUGAGUCAGUAAGAUGAUCAUUGGUCUGUAUUUUGGAUGUAGCGCCUAAAGUGAGUUUUGGGAGUAGAUUUCUUAAUCUUUGUGGAAUAUAGCUAAUAAAUUUGUGAAAUAUCAAGUAAACUUUGUGCUGACCAAAACCUGAUGUUGCACAGAACAUGCUUCAGACUUAGAUGAUGGAUACAUGUGUGGUACACAAUAAAUUUUGUUUACAUUGCAUCAAGCAUAAUCUUACAUUAGUGAAAAUACGAAACAUUUAGGAAAUAUGUAUUUGUAGAAAAUAGGUACAAAAAUAGAGAUGGGAAGACCUUUUUGGGUUCUAAAAGGGCCUACACAGAGGCUCAGCAUCCUAAAAUCAGAGGCUGGUGUGGAAGUCUUGCUCUUUCUGCACAAAUCUUGCAAAACAUAUCAAGGAAGGGAUUUUAUCUUACGGCUUUGCAUUCAUGAAGGCAGUCUGCAACACUGAAAAGUAUUUCCCUGGAGCACCUAAAGACCCUCGUUCCUUAAUUACAAAUCAUUUUCUCAGAUUGAGAGGUGGAGAACCUGCCUAUGUGUCUGCAGUUCUGGUCCCCAAAGCUACGGGAAGCUUUAGAGAAAGUGUAACAGGGAGGAGAAAAAAAAUGAUAACGUAUAGGUAACAGAAACUAAGGUGAGAGGGUGACAGGGUCAAGCAAAGUAGUCUAAAAGAGGAAAGGUCUGAGAGUAAAUUAUAUCAGUGUAUAAACAACUUUGAGGCAAUAAUAAUGUAAAUGAAGGAAGAGAAUUAUUUGCAGUCUCAGAAGGUGAUAGAAUGAGAAAUCAAAGCUGGAAGCUAAGGCAGGAAAAACUGGAAUGGAACUUUCUGAACUACAGGAACAUUCAAGCUUUGGAAGAGUUCUCAAGGAAAGAAGAUGGGGCAUGAUCUACCAGUUAUUCAAGAACAGAUUAUUUAAUCUACUAACAAAAAUUGUUAACAAUGGGCAGUAUUUCUAAACAGCCAUUUUUAGUCCUGAUACCUGGAUUUCUGAGCAUUUUCCUAAUUUAAACACUAGUAGUAUCUCACCUUAGAAUCUGCCUUUGCUGCUGAAGCAAUGAGUGCUGACCUUGCUGUACAGACAGCUGGAUUGUUUACAAUGGAACUGGCUUCAAAAGACCCCUCACAUAGUGAAACUUCACUUCUAAUGAAGUGGUUUCAAAAUCCAAAGUUGGUGCAAUGCAGUGGCAUGUGCAGAUACCGAGUUAAAUUUUAUAAUGAAAAAAGUAGCUCUGCUUUCACAGUUAUUAGAUGAGCUUUUCAGAGAGGUAUCAUUCUGCAACACUUGCAGUUCAAGCUGAAAUAAAGUGCUGUAAUUACUGCCAUGGACAAUUUGUCGGAAUAAAAUAUUUUCAGCUGUGCUGUUGAGCUUUUGAGAAUACGGUAAUAAAUCUGGAAUCCCAGAGUCAUUAAAUAAAAAUACACCAAACAACCACAGGGAAAUUACAUGAGAAAAUUACCUUCAGAAAAACAUAUAUUAGUGGUUUGUGAGCUACAUUUUCAUUCUUAGGAAUUAUAUUUCUAAUAGAGUUAAAUUUACAAAGGCACCAAUAGACUUUUAGUGAUACUGACUCAAAAUAACUGAAAUAUGAUUGUUAUCUCAAAGCCUAGGUCUAUUAAUUGUACAGAGAUAUAUUUCUACUACUGAUGGUGUGUCCUAUUAAGAAAUAAUUUCAAGUGUAAUUUUUUGUGUAUAUGUGCUGUAUUUAUUGUUUCAGUUUGUUGGCAGUAGGAUUGUAAUCACAUAUAGUGUCCUGAUACUGGUCUAUGCUUAAUAUUGUAGAAAAAGAAAUCACUGGCAUGUAUUAGAUAGAUUUCUGUUCUGUUUAGGGGAUCAGACUUCUUCCUGCUGAAAAUAUGUGCACAUCUGCUUGGAAGUCCAUGGUCUUCAUCUCUUUCCAGUUUCUUAUGCAUAAAAAGGAUCUUGUGUUUCCUUUGCCUUGCUCAUCUCCCACCACAACAGCCUCAGCUGCCUGGUUGGAGUUGCAUCUGGUUAACAACCCCCACAGCAGGGAGUCCGGGUCCAUAGGGAAAAGGGAAAGGGGGCAGAAGGGUGGGCUUCUUUCUCAGUUAAAGAUGAGAUUAACCAGGAGCAACCCCACCAAAAUCAGGGUACUGCUCUGAGACUGAGAUAGAAAUAAAAGGAGAAAAUGUCUUUUCAGUUUUAUGAGAACCAAGAAAUUCCAGAUGUACUGACGACUGUCUGGGAUCUGGUUCUCUAACUCUGAUGUAAACACUCAGACCUUGAGCUAAGAGGGUCCUUUUUGCUGGGGAGACUUACUGACUGCACUAAAGAUUUAAGUUGGCUGGUAGCACAAAGGUGAGGAAGGCUGAAGGCCACUUUGCUCCUGGUUUUGAGUGAUUUCAUCUUCCUCCUGUUCUGUGUCAUUAUAGUCCUUAAAAGAUGCACUUGACCUUCCCAAUGACCCAUUGGAGUACACAGCUGAAGUGUCAGUCAUAGCAUGCUGGUGUUGUAAGCAACAUUCAAAGCUGUAAGAAACUAAUACAAAACUUCCUAAAAUAUUUAUUACUGAAUUUUUUCAUCAUGUUGGAGCUCAAAUCAUAAUGGAGGAUCUAGGUAUGGUGAUUAAUGAACCUCAGAGGUCAGACCAGUAGGAGAGUAUAUUAACUACUGAUUUUGUAACUCACAGUAUAAAAUUCAAUUGUUUGUGUCCAUCAAUGUUUCCAACACGUUGUGUGUCAGUGCAAUGUCCUGGAACUGCAAUCACCAAUGUAAGAGAAAAUUUAUGGAGCGAGCCUGUAAAUAACUGUGUAAGUUCUCAAGUGGUUUUGCUGAGUUAAUAUGUUGUUAAUAUACAAUACUGUGUUAUGAAGCAGUAAAGAACCUUACUUACUGACUGCACUUAACAUCAGGGGACACUUUACUGUCACUGUGUUGGAACAACAGUGGUGAUUAUCAUUUUUCUCUGCCGUUUUCAGUCCCCUAAACACCCCGCCAGAUAGAUGACAUCACAGGCAGACUUUAUUUUCUGCACUUUGUUAUCUGAAUGUGCUUUCAAAUAAAGCAAGAGAAUGGA